UCCGUCACAGAGCAGAAGAAGAGCCUCGAAGUCGCCGGUUUUCGCUCCUCCUGAUUCGCGUCGACGCCGAGGAAAUGAUUGGGGUUGAAUUGGUGCGUUCAGCUGCCCUGGUAUCCCUGCUGCUAGUAUUCCCGGUCUCUGUCCUCGCCUCUGGGGACGGAUAUGAAAUCCCUGCGCCCCAACGUUCCUCCUCAGAAUUGUCUCCUACGACCGUCCUGGCAGGACCCCAGACCGUAAACAAGCGCAGUAUAUCCUUCGACUCCUGCACGGGAGCCUACAACCGCGAACUGCUCACAAGACUCGACCGCGUCUGCGAAGACUGCUACAACCUCUACCGCGACACCGACGUGGCGGCCGAAUGCAGGAGCAACUGUUUCCACAACGAGGUGUUCCUGUAUUGCGUGGAUUACAUGUACCGCCGUCGCCAAAGGAACCAGUACCGGGCCGCCCUGCAGAGGCUCGGCAAGUAGGCGGUUCCUCUUCGGCCAGACCUUCUGCGGCGACGCUCGCGAUAUGAUUCUCCAGACGACCGGAUUAGAAGGGAGGGGAGGGGAGCGACAGGACAGUCACCCCUCAGUACUUCCAAACGAUGCACCGAGUUUCUGACCCUUCAGUAGAACAUACGUUUUCCGGAAAUUUCUAAAGCACGAAAAAAUCCCUGGAGCUUACAUGCCUAAAUCCUCUCCUCCUCUCAUCUCCCCGCCACCAGUGUCCGCCACCUGACUAACCUCCAGAUUCUUUUUUCGUUAUUCUUGUAUCCUGGGUUCAAGGGUGUUAUAAUGCCGCUGAGCUGUUUCUCAGCAUGUGUAAUGUGUUAGUAAAACCGACAACAAAUCAAGGAAAGAAGCA